CUAUCAGCUUUUUUCCUUCUAGUUUCUAUAUAUAACCUUUCCAUGGCUAUUUAACACCUCUCAUAGAUUCUAAACUUGUCCAAGAUUCUUUUUUCUUUUUGCCUUGUAUUUGCUGGGUUUUCCUUAUCAAUCAUCAUUCUUGACAAUAUUAACAUUGUCAAGAAAUUACCUUAGAAGGGCAAAGAAUAUUCUUUUCAUUCUUCUGCCUUUUAAUUCUGCAGUCUGCACUGCCUUAUAUCUUGCUUUUUCAUUCAGUCCUUGCUUUGCAGUACCACAAGAGAGUCGAUAAAAGAAAAGGGCAUGCCCAUUUUGUUUUGUUUUCACUGUCAGUGCUAAUCUUGAUAAGGUGUUUCUAACGAAUUGGCUAACGAUAUUGUAGGGUGCUAGUCAUGACAAUUUCAAAUGCUAUUGGGGCUGCAGCUCCAACACGGCUUGAGGGAAAAUUUAAAGCAAUUAUAGUUUGUUGGGUUCUUGGAAUUGGAUCCCUUGCUUCAUGGAACAGUAUGCUAACCAUAGGAGAUUACUACUACAAUUUGUUUCCUAAGAGUUACCAUCCUUCAAGGGUACUUACCCUUGUUUAUCAACCAUUUGCACUUGGGACAGUAGCAAUUCUCGCCUACUAUGAGUCCAAGAUCAAUACUAGAAAGAGGAACAUAGCUGGAUACAUACUCUUUGCAUUAAGUACUCUGAUGCUCAUGGUUAUGGCCAUCGUUACACCAGGAAAAGCAGGAAUUGGAUCCUUUACUGGUAUUUGUGCUAUAGUUGCUGUUUUUGGACUAGCAGAUGCUCAUGUCCAAGGUGGAAUGGUUGGAGACUUGUCUCUCAUGUGUCCUGAAUUCAUCCAAUCUUUCUUUGGUGGGAUGGCUGCAGCAGGAGCACUGACCUCUGGCUUAAGGCUAAUAACAAAAGCAGCAUUUGACAAGGUUAAUGAUGGGCUUCGCAAGGGAGUUAUGUUGUUUUUAGCAAUCUCCACAUUGGUGGAAUUUCUAUGUGUUAUCAUGUACGCAUUUCUCUUCCCUAAACUGCCAAUAGUGAAGUACUACCGAGCGAAAGCAGCAUCAGAAGGAUCAAAAACUGUUUCAGCUGAUCUUGCGGCUGCUGGAAUCCAAAGCCAAGGCGCUGAUGAUCCCAAACUCUAUGAAAGAUUAAGCAACAAACAAUUGGUCUUACAAAAUAUUGACUACGCACUUGACCUGUUUCUGAUUUAUGUCCUGACAUUAUCAAUUUUCCCUGGAUUCUUGUAUGAAAAUACCGGUGAACACAAGUUGGGCGAAUGGUAUGCUGUCGUGCUAGUUGCAAUGUACAAUUUUUGGGAUUUGAUAGGAAGAUACGUACCCCUAGUGAAGUGCAUUAAGCUGGAAUCCAGAAAGGGUCUCACGAUUGCAAUUCUUGCACGUUACCUGCUUAUUCCUGCAUUCUACUUCACUGCAAAAUAUGCUGAUCAGGGAUGGAUGAUCAUGCUCACUUCUUUUUUGGGAAUAACAAAUGGCUAUCUCACUGUCUGUGUCAUGACAGUGGCACCUAAAGGCUACAAGGGACCUGAGCAAAAUGCUUUGGGUAAUAUUCUUGUGGUAUUCCUGUUAGGCGGCAUAUUUGCUGGUGUUGCUCUUGAUUGGCUGUGGCUAAUAGGUAAAAAAGAUGCAUUCUGAGGAGAGAAAACUGAUGUCAUGUGGGGUCAAUUUUGUAUUGCAAGGAAAAGGAAUUAUGAUAUCCUACUCAAGUUAUGUGAGAGGAUAGGAGCAAAUGGAUUAAGGAAUAAGCCUUUCCAUUUAUUUUUUACAUACAGUGUUUAGAAUUCAUUGUAAAUAUAUCACUAGACAGCAAUGCCCAUUUAUGUUUUAGCCACCA